AAGAAGUCAAGUGUUUGAUUUUAGGUCAUGCCUUGCUUCCUCACCUCAAUAACUAUACCGACAUUUAUUCAACAUGAUUGAUCUUUUAAUGUUACAGACCGAAAAAGGAGGGGAUCCAGAAGUCGUUCGUGCUUCUCAAAAGAAACGUGGAGCUCCCGAGGCGAUCGUUGAAGACGUUUUAGAGCUAUACAAAGAAUGGGUUCGGUUGGACUAUCAAUUGAACAUGCUUCAAAAAGAUACAAAUUCCGUUCAAAAAGAAAUCACUGCAAAGCGAAAAGCAAAAGAAAGUGCAGAUGCAGAAAUGGAAAAGAAAAAAAGUAUAGAUAAACAAGUUGCUGAACUUAAACCAAAAGUUCAAGAAGCAGAACAACGCAUGCGUGUUAAAGCAAGUGAGAUCGGAAAUAUCGUUGGUGAUAAAGUACCGAUCAGUAUGACAGAAGAUGAUAACGCAGUCGUACGUCAAUGGCAUCCUGACGGACCAAACGGACAAGUGGAGAAGAAGAACGAUAUCCUUUCACAUCACGAAGUCAUGAUGAGAUUAGAGGCUUUCGAUAUGGAACGUGGUGCCAAGAUCAGCGGUCAUCGUGGUUUCUUCUUGCUGGAGAAUGGUGUGGAUUUGAAUCAAGCUUUGAUUAAUUACGGCUUGGACUUCUUGCGAAAGCGAGGCUACAAGAAGAUCAUGGCUCCAUUCAUGAUGCGUAAAGAUAUUAUGAGCAAGACUGCACAAUUGGACGAAUUUGAUGAAGCAUUAUACCGUGUUAGCGGAGAUGAAGAUGACAAGUACCUCAUCGCUACCUCUGAACAGCCUAUUUCCGCCUUCCACUCUGACGAAUGGUUCGAUAAGCCAUCUGAACAAUUGCCGAUCAAAUAUGCCGGUUACUCUACCUGUUUCCGCAAAGAAGCAGGUGCACACGGAAAGGAUACCUGGGGUAUCUUCCGCGUCCAUCAAUUCGAAAAGAUUGAACAAUUUUGCAUCACUGAUCCAGCCAGCUCGUGGGAUAUGUUGGACACAAUGGUUGAAAACUCUGAAGCAUUCUAUCAAUCUUUAGGCUUGCCUUACCGUGUUGUUUCAAUUGUUUCGGGCGCUUUGAACAAUGCUGCUGCAAUGAAGUAUGAUUUGGAAGCUUGGUUCCCUUUCCAAGGCGAGUACAAAGAAUUGGUCAGUUGCUCAAAUUGCACAGAUUAUCAAUCAAGACGAUUGGAAGUCCGAUGCGGUAUCAAGAAGCAAGGUGACACAAAGAAGAAUUACGUGCACAUGUUGAACGGAACAUUGUGUGCAACAGAGCGUGCUCUAUGUUGCUUGGUGGAAAACUAUCAAACUCCAGAAGGUUUGCGUAUUCCUGAAGUUUUACAGCCAUACAUGCACGGUCGCGAUUUCCUACCAUACGUUAGAGAAUUGCCCAAAGGUACCACUUCGCAGAAGAAAAAGUGAGAAAAGGGGUAUAUGAUUUUUAUAUGUAUGUAGAGA